AUGGCAACAGUGAGGUGACCUUCGGCACUGCUGUCACGAUACUUGCUGUCGAGCUGUGCAUACUACUUAGCAGGAAGAGAAAAGUUAGCGUGGAUUGCAGCGACGCGAAGACGUGGUGCCCGCCCCCACGCGCUUAGAAGAGAGCAGCCGAGGACAGUUUCCUGACGCACGGUGAAUCCACCAGCCAGGUAUUGGGCCUGCUACUUCCACUCCACGAAGGCACGACGAGCAUCCGCGAGCUCCUCACGCCCCUCACCGAGGAGUGGUGCCUCGGUGUUGCACAAGGCUACUUCGCCAACCUUGAUGUGCCCACUGUUAAACCGUGUAUCGCUCUUCUCUUCAUCACCACCGUCUCUGAGGUAGACGUCGGAACGUGUAGAGACCUCAAUCCGAUCCACCCAACAAUAACGGAACUCUAA